GUGCUCUUUCAAGGUUUUUAGAUUUCACCUUUCCAUUGGGUUUUUCGCUAUCAACGUUUUGCUAACGUCUCGAAGCUGAGGUGUCAGAGUACCCACAACACUGAAUCUGAAACCGUAAUUUACCCUAUUUAAGAAGGGAAGUCAAUAGAAGUUGAUGGGGUCUGUUAUCCAGGCUGUGAGGCUGCCAGGGGACAGUGAUGUACCCGUUGAUUUAUUAACAUUUCUUAACAUUUUUUUUAAAAUUAUUAUUAUUAGUAUUUCUUAUGUUUAACUUGGUACAUUUCCAAGUUUGUUUUACCGCCUUCAUUAAGUAUGGUUAAGAGUGAAGCCAAUAGUCACAAAUAAAACACUAGAGACCUCAGAAGUGAAAAUGGACGGUCGAUGUAAGCGUGGUGGAUUUCUGACAGUAAAAUUUCACGCAGAAAAAUCUUUCUGAAGCCAACCUUAAUAAUGUCAGUUAGUCUGUUUCCUAGAAACAUUUCAAUCACGUCACGACUGACAUCAUCAAUCAAAAUAGAAUCCAACGUAAACGUCACAAACAAAAUGAAUACGAUUCUGCGCACUAGACGAGCCUUCAGCCUGAUCCAAAAACGUUCAAUCUCCUCAGACUGGCAGAAAUUAGCCUACAAACUGGCAGGUUUCAACAAAUACGGACUGGUAAGAGACGAUUUGCUCAUAUGGGAAGAUCCUAUAGUGCAAUUGGCUCUGAAGCGCCUUCCAAGUGAAAUGGUAAAUAUGCGAAACUUCCGUUUGAUGAGGGCGACGCAAUUAUCCUGUCGCAAGGAAAUUUUACCUAAAGAACAAUGGACGAAGUUCGAAGAUGACGUUUUGUAUUUGACACCGGUUUACGAGGAAGUUUUAAAGGAAGUACUUGAAAAGGAAGAUUGGGAUAAGUCGCAUUAAUUGCAAUGUUGUUGUUAAAGAGCUGACAAUUUUAUAAUAAAGAUUUUGUUAAAUUAU